UCGGUUUCACUCAUCCCCAAUAUCCGGUCCAAGAUCAAAUCCCAACCAUUUCGUUUUGCUUUUCUGACUGCAAAUAAUAGCCAAUCAGAACUCAAAUUAUUGUCUCUAUGACGGACCAAAAGAAAAUCUUCACUACACGAAAGAAUAUUUAGCACCUUGUCCGCAGACAGAAAUUUCCCGGGAAACAAACAGCUUCUGCAGAGCGGUGAGAAAAGAAAAAAAAAUGCAGGUUUCAGGCGUAGUAAGCGACGUCUCGUUGGUAAUCCCUAAGGGCGGUGGUCUCAGAGGGCCAGAAUCCCGGCACUUUCAUUGUCAUUCGCUCUACGAUUCCAAGUCCUUCCUUUCUUCUGGUUUCUUCAGAAGCUGCCCUUCAUUUUACUUUCCCAAGCUUGGAAAUGCGUUGUACAAGUAUCGAGCAAAAGAUGUGACUGUGAGAGCGUCUGAACAUUCAAGUGGUAAUUUGGUGCCAUUUGCUCCUCUUCAAUUUGAAUCCCCUGUCGGUCAGCUUUUGUGCCAGAUUUUGCAAACACACCCACAUCUACUCCCUGUGGCCAUUGACCAGCAGCUCGAGAACCUUGAAACUGAUAGAGAUGCCCAGGAAAAGGAAGUUUCUUCUUCGCCUCAGGAUCUACUCUACAAGAGAAUAGCUGAAGUCAAAGAAAAGGACAGGCGGAACACAUUGGAAGAGAUAAUAUACUGCCUUGUUGCGUGGAAAUUUGUGGAGAAUAAUAUUUCAAUGAUACCGAAGAUUACAGAAAACUCGGAUCCUACUGGCCGGGUAGAUUUUUGGCCGCACCAAGAGCAGAAACUUGAAUCCGUUCAUUCUCCUGAAGCAUUUGAGAUGAUACAGAGUCACUUGUCUCUCGUACUAGGAGAGCGAGUUGUCGGGCCCCUUGAGACCACUGUUCAGAUCAGCAAAAUCAAACUCGGGAAGCUGUAUGCCGCUUCCAUAAUGUAUGGAUAUUUUCUCAAGAGAGUUGAUGAACGGUUUCAGCUUGAGAGAACCAUGAAAACGCUUCCUGAGCAUUUAGGUAAAGACCGAGAUAGUUUUGAGGAGCCAUCACCAGCAAACCGGCUAUGGGAUCCUGAUUCCUUGAUCAGGGUACCGCCAGAUGAUGAUGGUGGUGAUAUCAAUGAAGAUGGCAAGUCAUAUAGACUCAGAUCCUAUGUGAUGUACUUGGAUGCCGAAACUCUUCAAAGAUAUGCUACUAUAAGAUCCAAAGAAGCCAUUUCUUUGAUUGAGAAACAGACACAGGCUCUGUUCGGUAGGCCCGACAUUAAAAUCGCCGAAGAUGGUUCAAUUGAUACAUCAAACGAUGAACUGCUGUCAAUCACCUUCUCAGGGUUAACAAUGCUAGUCUUGGAGGCUGUUGCGUUUGGAUCUUUCUUAUGGGAUGCUGAAAGCUACGUUGAAUCCAGAUACCACUUUGUUAAGAGCUAAAGUUGUUAACUUCUUUGUAAAUUGUCUGUGCUGUGAGGCUGUAUAAAUGUCAAUUGUCUUCAGAAUGGUCCCGAGUAGUUUCUGGUGUAUACAAACUUAGGGAUACUUGAUUGUGGAAUCUCGUACUAUUCGAGAUGUGAAUUUAACGCUAGGCUAAGCCGCAGCUACACAAAAGUUUUGGUAACCUUUUAAGCCAUUUGCUUAUCAAUCAGAUCUACCACAAUAUUGGCAUGUUUACUUAAUAAAAUUGAGAA